AUGACCGGUCCAUCGGAGCCCAAGGCCUCCCUGGAGGUUCCCUCCUCCGUCCGGCAACAGCGCUCCGGCACAUCUCUCAACCACCAGGCACCUCACCUACCGCCCGCAAGCAUCACCGAAUCCAAUGAGGACGAAAAGACUGAGUUCCCCCCUCUGGACCCGAACGCAUUCAGCCAGGGCCGCGGAUCAGCAGAGUUCUCGCCCACAGCCCGCGCAGAUGCCAACCGUAUUGUCGACGACCUCGAGCUCCUGCGGGCCGAGCGCCUCAUCUCCAACCAGGAACACGAGGAGAACGUGAGCAAGUUUCGGUCGCGGCGCCACAUGACCGAGGUCGAGGACACCUUCAACCCGCCCAUCCUCGAGGAGGCCAAGACGAUCAAGAAGCGGGACGAGAACGCCGCCCUGUAUAAGUUCUGGGCCUUUCUCAGGAAGUUCCCCCGGUUUGUGCGAUACCUGUUCUAUCUCUUCCCGGGUGCUACGCUGCUCCUCAUUCCCAUCCUGCUUGGACAUUUCGCCAUCGACCAGAACAAGCACCCCAUUGGAGGGACGGGAGGGACGCAGCUGAUGUGGUUCGGCAUCUGGCUUGAGAUCGUCUGGGGUUCUCUCUGGGUGUCGCGGAUGAUCACCAGUCUCAUGCCCAACCUGUUUCUUGUGAUUGCGCGUGCUACUGGCUCGAUCAAUGCCAAGAAGUGGAAGGACAUCGGCAAGGAGAUGGAGCUGCACACGGCCGUAUUCCUCUGGAUGCUGGCCGUCUUGAUAUCAUUCAAGCCCUGUUGCGACGGCCACCGCGUCCCGGUCCCUGACGGUGAAGAGCAGAGCGUGGACGUGAGGUGGAUCGACAUUGUCUUCAAGGUCAUCAUUGCGUUCUUCGUCCUCGCCGCGCUCAACUUCGUCGAGAAGAUUGGGAUCCAGUGGAUCGCCACCGAGUUCCAUGAGCGGACGUACGCCACGAGGAUCGAGAACAACAAGGGCGACAUCCGGCAGCUGGUCAGCCUCUUCGAGUACGCCAAGGACCAGCUUCACGAGACGGACUCGUUCUGGCACAGCAGCCGAGACAACACGACAGUGUCGUCGACGCCUAUGCGCGCCAUCCACGAGAAUGCCCAAAAGGUCCUGGGCAAGGUGGGACAGGUCGCUGGUAGGGUCGGAAAUGACCUCCUCGGUCGAAAGGUGGACAGUAACCACCCCCGCAAGGUCGUCGGCGAGCUCCUCCGCACCACGAACUCAUGCCAUACUCUAGCACGCCUCAUCUAUCGCAGUUUGGUUCGACCUGAUCAGGAGAUGGUCUACAUCGAGGAUGUCCAGAAAGCGUUUGGCACCGAUGAGGAAGCCGAGGCCGCCUUCAAUGUCUUCGACAAGGAUCUAAACAACGAUAUCUCGCUUGAUGAGUUUGAAGCUGUGACGAGCGAGAUUGGAAUGGAGAAGAAGGCCAUCGCGGCCUCGCUCAAGGAUCUCGACUCUGUCAUCAAGAAACUCGACAAGGUAUUCCUCUUCAUCAUCUGUAUCAUCACUAUCAUCGUCUUCAUUUCCAUCAUCUCUGGGUCUGCUGCAGCUGGUCUCGCAUCGGCUGGAAGUUCUGUUCUCGGUCUGGCGUGGGUGCUCCAGGCGACAGCUCAGGAAUUUCUCCAGUCCAUCAUCUUCGUCUUCGUCAAACAUCCUUUCGAUGUCGGUGAUCGUGUGACCAUCUACGGCUCGACGGGUGCGAACAUGACUGGUGACGACUACUACGUGACCGAAAUCUCCCUCCUCUACACCGAGUUCAAAAAGCUCCAGGGCCACGUCGUGCAGGCCCCAAACUCCUUGCUCAACACUCUGUUCAUCCUCAACCAGCGUCGAUCCAACGGACUAGCCGACCCGAUCCCUCUCCAGAUGCGAUUCGGAACGCCCGCCUGGCAGAUCGACGAGCUCAAGGCACGCAUGCUCAAGUUCGUGGUCGAGAACAAGCGAGAAUUCCAGCCUACCAUCCUAGCCGAACUCUCCGCCAUCGAGGACAUGCGAUCCGCCACCUGGACCAUCGUCUUCAUCCACAAGAGCAACUACCAGAACGAAGUCGCCCGCCUGCAGCGCCACAACAAGUUCAUGGUCGAGCUGAUGCACCAGAUCGACGACAUCGGCAUCCAGUCCCCGUUCCGCAUCGACCCCGGCGGCAGCAAGGACCAUCCCCUGCACUGGACCGGCGUCCAGCCUCCCCCAUCCUACUCCACGACCGACCAGUCCGCACCCGCCCCCGCAGCAGCAGCAGCCCCAGGCCCCUCCGCCUCCGCCGGCUCCCUCGCUCGUCGCCCCUCCGCCAGCGGCGCCAACUCCAGCAACGCGGUCGUCUCGCAGAUCGGCCCGGGGGACAUUGGCUUCUCCAACAUGCAAGACGUGUUCGAGAACCGCAAGGAGCACUUCCUCGCCAACCGCCUCGCGUCCAUCAGGGAGAAGGACCGCGCCGAGAAGGCCGCGCAGGAGGUCUCGUCCGACUCGGAGCCGCGCCUCGCGAGGGCCAACACGUCGAGCGUCGCGGCCCCGUCACUCUCGUCGCAGACCCGGAAUCGAUUCUUCUCGCGCGCGCGCAGCUCGUCGAGGUCGCAGCAGGUUGGCUCCCCUACCCGGCCUGGUCAGGGGAGCGACAUUGUGUGA